AUGUCGAGAGUCAAAAUCAAAGAGAUAGACUCUCUCUUUAUACUGAGACACGCCCAACGGAAUGAUAAAGUCGCUACAACAACUUCAUCAAUAGAUUUUGUCGCUAAUAACAAUGAUACGGCUGCUAAUGGCUACAUGAUUACAGAAACUUAUAACCCACCUCUAGCUACAUUUCAAUCUACUGGUAAUAAAUCAAACAAUGGUUGUGUUCAAGCUAUGAGUAUGGGUCAACAAAUCUUGAAUUAUAUUGAUCAUAACAUUGAGGAGUCAUUAAUUAUUUUGAAAUUUCAUACAUCCCCAUAUUUAAGAUGUAUUGAAACUAUCAAAUUCAUACUUGACUAUUUCACCAAAAAUCAUCAUGAUGAUUCCAAAACAAUAAGAUGUAUCAUUUCAAUAGACCAGGUGCUAUCAGAAUGGUUAAGUACAGAUCUAGAUAUAAAUUAUUAUCCUCCAAGUGAUAAUGGUGCCUCAUUACUAAGCACUGCUAUGCAAUAUUUGAAUUCAAAAUUACCAUUUCAUAGACAUACAAACUUAGAGAUUCAAUUGGAUCUACACAAUAGUUAUAAGCAUGGAAAUCCUGGAUGUUUCAAUGAAAGUUUUAUUCAACAGUAUUCAAGAUUAAAUAAUGGAUUAAUAUCAAUAGUCAAACAUGAAACUAAUAAUUUAUCAAAUGAAUCAGAUUCAAAAGAUUUGGUGAUAAUAAUGACACAUGGUGCUUGUGUAAGGAGCUUAGUCUCGAAACUACUAGGAAGAUCAUUGUAUGUGGAAAUCCCAUUAGCUUCCUUAUCAAUUGCAAAACCAUUAAUGGAAGACUCAAAACAUUAUUAUUGGCAAUUAUUAAAGACUGACAUUGAUACAAAAUUAGAUAAUUUCCAACAAAUUGACUUAUAUUCCAAACAUGAUCCUUUCCAAGAUUUCCAAACAACCUUCAAACAAAAUGUUGGUACAAAUCAAUUGAAUUUCAAGAGUUUAAUACCCGCUUCCAAGACUGAAAAUUUCAAUAGAAUUAGAUCGCAGUCAUUGUUAACACCAAGGCCUAAACAUCAUGAUUCAGAUGAUGAAGAUAAUGAAGAUCAAUCAGAUGAUGAAGGUAUAAGUUUCACAGCACGCAAAAGACGUCCAAGAAGUGUCACUACAUCAGCUUCUACUGCCACUGACAACCAAAGAAGAUUCAGAUCUUCAAGCUUAUUUGGUCCAGUUUUGAAAAAUCCUUUCUUCUCGGAUGAAUCACUGAAAUCUAAUAACGAUGAUAGAAAAAAAAUGUUUAUUGAUCAAGAAGAUGAAAUCAUUUCACCUGUUCAAAAUUUGUCAAAAAAACCAUCUCAGUCAAAUUCAUCUUCUUUCCAAAACAUCCAUGAAGAUGAUGGCACAUUCGGUGGGGCUAAACAAGACUCUAACGAAUUGGUUCCAGAUCUAGGCGAAUCAUUCUCCUCAAAUAAUAGUUCCACAAAUAGCCUACAUGAAGAAAUGACCAAUAUCGUACCAGGAUCAUUUUCAAAAAUGGUUAAACCACCAUCACAAAACACAUCAUCAUCAUCAACAACAUUGCAAAAUCAACCAACGACUACUUCAUCAACUCCGUUACCUCAAAAUAGCUCUUCAUUGUUUGAUAAAUCAUUAAUAGAGAAAACUUUACAAGAGAUUAAUCUCACAUCACAGAAUGAACCAGAUCAUAAGACUGGUGAAACAGGAGGUGAUUGGUUGAAUUUCAAAAAGGACACUUCAACUGGUUCGAAUAAUGAAGGUUCAAAUAAGUUCAAAAUUGAUCUGUAUGGUAAAAAAGAUCGUUUAAGGUUGAACUUGUAUAAUAAUAUGAAUGAUGAAGAUGAAGAGGAUGUUCAAGGCUCGAGUGGUUGGUUUUUGGGUUCUAAUAAGUAUUAA